ACUGAAUCUUCAGCAUUAUUUCUUUUUCAUUCGCAGGAAAAAUUUGAAGGCCUGUUCCGUGCCUACGACGACUGUGUGACAUUCCAGCUGUUUAAGAGCUUCAGACGCGUGCGGAUAAACUUUAGUAGUCCCAAAUCAGCUGCUCGUGCCAGAAUAGAGCUGCAUGAAACACAGUUCAGAGGAAAGAAGUUAAAGUUGUAUUUCGCGCAGAUUCAGACCUCUGAGACAGAUGGAGACAAGCUUCAUUUGGCUCCGCCACAGCCUGCAAAACAGUUUCUCAUCUCGCCUCCAGCCUCCCCACCUGUAGGGUGGCAGCCCAUAGACGAUGCAACACCUGUCAUCAACUACGACCUCCUUUAUGCAGUUUCUAAGCUAGGACCAGGUAAGCCUGUGGUCCUUGUCUGAAAAUCCGUUGGAAAA